CAUCUCAAGCAGUCAUGGGUAACUGGGCAGUGAACGAAGGGCUCUCCAUCUUUGUCAUUCUUGUGUGGCUGGGCUUAAAUGCCUUCCUCUUUGUGUGGUACUACCGAGUUUAUGAUGUUCCCGACAAGUAUUUUUAUACACGCGAGCUUCUUGGGCCUGCCCUGGCCUUAGCAAGAGCCCCUGCUGCUUGCCUGAAUUUCAACUGCCUGCUGAUCCUGCUGCCUGUCUGCCGAAACCUGCUCUCUUUUCUCAGAGGCUCUAGUGCGUGCUGUUCAACACGUAUACGGAGACAAUUGGACAGGAACCUGACCUUUCAUAAACUGGUGGCAUGGAUGAUUGCCCUUCACACUGCAAUCCACACCAUUGCUCAUCUCUUUAAUGUGGAGUGGUUGGUGAAUGCAAAGUCCAAGAUUCACUCUGAUAAUUAUUCAAUUGCCCUCUCUGUCUUUGAAGAUAACCCAUCUCUUGACCAAACUUAUAUUAAUUUUGUUUCAAAGCCAUAUAAGAAUCCUGAAGGUGCCCUGUAUGUGGCUUUCACUUACUUAGCCGGACUCACUGGAGUUAUUAUUACACUGUGCCUCAUACUGAUCAUAACCUCCUCUACCAAAACAAUCCGGAGGUCUUACUUUGAAGUUUUUUGGUUCACUCAUCACCUCUUUGUCAUCUUCUUCAUCGGCCUUGCCAUCCACGGAGCUGGGAGGAUUGUACGUGGACAGACAGAUGCAAGUUUGAAGGUUCACCCGCCAAGAUUAUGUUAUAAAAACAUCUCCUAUUGGGGAACUAAAGGAAAUUGUCCCAUCCCUCAAUUUGCUGGCAACCCUCCCAUGACUUGGAAGUGGAUUGUGGGUCCCAUGUUCCUGUAUCUCUGUGAGAGGUUGGUGAGGUUUUGGAGAUCACAGCAGAAGGUCGUCAUCACUAAGGUGGUUACUCAUCCUUUCAAAACCAUUGAGCUACAAAUGAAGAAGAAGGGUUUUAAGAUGGAGGUAGGACAAUAUAUUUUUGUCAAAUGCCCUAAGUUGUCAAAUUUAGAGUGGCACCCCUUCACGCUGACCUCAGCACCUGAGGAAGACUUCUUCAGUAUUCACAUUCGUAUAGUUGGAGACUGGACAGAAGGUCUUUUUAAAGCUUGUGGCUGUGACAAGACAGAAUUUCAGGAAGCCUGGAAAUUACCCAAGGUGGCAGUAGAUGGACCCUUUGGCACUGCUAGUGAGGAUGUAUUCAGCUAUGAAGUAGUUAUGCUAGUGGGAGCUGGCAUUGGAGUCACACCAUUUGCAUCCAUUCUCAAGUCUGUCUGGUACAAGUACUGCAGUGACUCAACCAAACUAAAACUCAAAAAGAUUUAUUUUUACUGGCUGUGUCGAGACACACAUGCCUUUGAAUGGUUUGCAGACCUGCUGCAGUUACUAGAGACUCAGAUGCAGGAGAAGAACAAUGCUGAUUUUCUCAGCUACAACAUCUACCUUACUGGCUGGGAUGAAUCUCAGGCUACUCACUUUACUGUGCACCAUGAUGAAGAGAAGGAUGUCAUUACUGGCUUGAAACAGAAGACCUUGUAUGGAAGGCCCAACUGGGACAAUGAGUUCAAAACCAUUGCAAGUCAACACCCAAAUACCAGGAUAGGUGUAUUCCUCUGUGGACCUGAAGCGCUGGCUGAAACUCUCAACAAGCAAAGCAUUGCCAACUCUGAUGCUGGCCCUCGAGGAGUGCAUUUCAUUUUCAACAAAGAAAACUUCUAACUCCUGCUCCAUCAGGAAAUGUGGACAUGAGCCCUAUGCCCAGUCAAACAAAUGCUGAUCAUUAAUAGCAACAAACGAAAACUAGAGAAGCCUUUAUAGCUUUUGUUUUCUACCAUGUUGGGAUCGUUUCUAAAGUAGCAUCCAUCUUUAAACAAGACGGAAGAAAACUAGUUGAUUCAUUUUCCUUUUGUAUAUUGUAUAUUAUCUCAGUGGUUCCAACAUAUGCUCAGGAAAACUGUCCAAGUAUUUAGGAACCAGCUUACCCAGAUAUUGACACAGCCCUUCGAUGAUUCAAGGAGGUUAACAGUUGAGCCUGUUCCAAAUUGCUAAUAGAGCAACCCAAUUCUAUUAACCAGAAACAUUUCCAAGAAAAGCUUUAGUUCAGGCAUAUUAGAAUUAGGAAAAAUCAUUUAGACAGAAAGCUCUUCAAAAAUCCUUCCAUAAUAUUCUCUAAAAGGCAGAUAGCUGGCACAGUGGAUAGAGACCUGGGCAUGGAAUCAGGAAGAACUGAGUUCAAAACCCACCUCAAACAUUCACCAGCUAUGUGACCCUGGGUAAAUAACAUUACCUCUUUCUGCCUCAGUUUCCUUAAAAGUAAAAUGCAAACAAUAAUAGCGCCUGCCUCACAGGUUUGUAGUGAGGGUCAAACGAGAUAUUAUUUGAAAGGUGCUUAACACAGAACCUGGUGGGUGCUAUAAUAAAGGCUCCCCUUUCCCUACGUUGAAUAGAGUACUGAGCUUGGAGUCAGGAAGACUUGAGUUCAAAUCCUGCCUCAGACAUUGGCUGUAUGAACCUGAACAAGUCACUUAACCUCUCUCAGUCCCAGUUUCCUAAUCGACAAGGUGGGUGUGAUAAUAGCACCUGUCUCCACAGGCUCGUCAUGAGGAUCAGAUGAGAAAACAUGUAAAGUGCUAUACAAAUUCUACCUAGCAAUGUUGUUAUUUUUAAUGUUCCUCGUGCAGACCAGAGAGGCCUGAUUCUCCUGGUUGUAGAGCCCUCACUUAAGUAAUUCCAUCUGUUCUUACAUGUUCGAAUUUUGAGUAUGCAGUGACUGUCAGGGAAGAGCCCUCCUGGCCAUUCGUGUUCUUGGAGGGCCUGCACUAGGCAGUGUGGGGCAGCAUGCUCAAGAGGACCUAGAUUCUAGCAGCAGAACAUGAGUGACUUUGCAAUAGUCUAGACUGACUGCUCCAGCCCAGUGCCUCACACAUGCAGCUAUGCGAAAGGUCUGAAACAUUGGGACAGUGGGGAAUUCAGCAUGUUAAAUCCCUUCACCGAUGCAGAUCACACCUCCGGUAAACCUGUGACCAAGUUGAGAAAUUUUACGGUGGCACCUGAGGCAUCUAGAAGUUAGUGACUUACCCAGGAUCACCCCAUGGGGGACUGGAACCCACAUUUUGUCAACUCCUAGCCCAGAGCUCUAGCUCUGCCUCCAUCUCUAGACCCAGCCAAGGGUUCAGUACUUAUUGGCUAAUGAGGAUGGUGAGGGUGGACCACCUGCCUGAGCUUCCACAAUGUGACAGUGUAGAUGGCCAGCGCAGACUUCUCUCCUCUAGUCACCGUUAAAGUUUGAAGGAAAGAAUUACAAUGAAUGAGUUACUUAAGUCCAUAUGAUUUCAAAUGGCUCCCAUGACCACUCCCUAAGCUUUUUUUUAAUAUUGUCUAUUUUACAAUUUUUAUUUGACUUUAUUACUGUCCUGAAAUUUAUAGUCCUCAAAUUAACGAGGCAGCUAAAUGACACAAAGGUUAGAACACUGAACCUGGAGUCUGGAAGACCUGCCUCACAGGGACUGUGUGUCCCCAUGCCAACCACUUCUUCUUGCCUUAGCUUCCUCCUCUGUAAAAGGAGGAUAACAAUAACCCCUCCCAAUGUAGCUGUGAAGAUAAAAUAAGUCAGUACUGGUAAAGUGCUUUGAUAUCUUAAAAUGUUGUAUAAAUGCUAGCUAUUAUUCAGUAAGUCAAUGAACGUUUAUUAAGUGCCUACUGUGCGCCAGGCACUGUGUUAGAUGCUGAGGAUACCAAAAAGGGCAAACACAGUUCCUACAACAAUAAUCAUAAUCACUAUUAUUAUUAGAACUCAUCUCCCCCUAGUAGGUUUGAAUAGGACAUGUUUUUCCAUGCCAUUUCAAGGAACAGUUACUAAUUUUAGUGUUUGUGUACCCAGCUCACAGUUACACAGCUAUGGAGCUCAUUCUUUGGGCUACGAGGGUGUUUAGAACUCUAGGGCAGGAAGCAGAAGGGGAAAAGGAGAAGGAGGCAGCGAGGGUUGGGAAAAACAGAGCAGGGACAGGUAAAUUCCAAAGGGAAGAGGAGAGGAGAGAGAAGGAGAUUUCUAGAUUAUGGAAAGAACAUCAGAUUUCAAAUUCCAGUUUUGCCACUCAUGCACUAUCUAUGUCUCAUUGGAUAAGUCACUAAACCUCUCUGGGCCUCCAUUCCCUUCUGUGUAAAAGGAUGGGGUUGGAAUAGAUCAUCUCUAAGGUCCCUUAUUUCUCUAAAGCCUGUGAUCCUAUGACUUCUGAGAAGAACAGAAAAAUGUAAAAGAGAGGCCAAAGAGAAGGGCUCAGAGACCUGUUUUCAGACCAACCGAUGUGGUUUUCUACUGACUUCGGAAAGCCAAGUAUGCAUUUCAGGUGCCCAGAGCUUCAAUACACUUGAAGGCUACAUGUAUGAAUGGAUUUUCUAUUCUUCACAUAUUUCAAGUUCUUCAAUUCUACAAGGAAAUUUAUGAAGGUAGAUUCAGAUUAAUGUGUCAUUGAGAUUAAUUGAUAAAAAACCAAAACUUUAUCUGUGUUCCCUGCUAUUCCUUGUGCUCUUCCAGAAGCUCAAGUACUCAUAGCUUUUAUCAUCAUUAUUAGCAUUAAAAUUUAUUUUUUCAAUGAGCAAACAUCUCUUAAUUUUCAAUCAGGAAGAAUCUCCUCUCCCCUCUCCACUGGACAAAAAUAAAAACAAAACCCUUGUAACAAAUAUGCAUAAUCAAGCAAAACAAAUUCCUCUGUUGGCCUUGUCCAAAAAUGGAGUUCUCUUUCUACGUAUUUAGCCUGUUACCUCUCUGUCUUCAUAACCAGAAAUCUGGGAUCAGGAUUGUUCAUUGAUCAGAGUUCUUAUUUCUUUUCAAGUUGUUUGUUUUUACGUUGUUGCAACAAUAUAAAUUGUUCUGACUCUGCUCGCUUCAUUCAAUAUCGAUUCAUAUAAGUCUUUCCAAAUUUCUUCAAAAUUGUUCCAUUGCCACAUUUUCUAUGGUACAAUAGUAUUCUACAGUAUUUUAUUAACACAUGUACCAUGCUUUGUUGAGUCAUUCUCUGUCAAAUGGGCACCCCCUUCAUUUCCAGUACUUUGCCACUACAAAAAAAGAGUUGAUUCAAAUAUUUUUUGUUAAUCCCACUGAAGCUAGGAUACUCAUCUGAUUUAAAAUGGCUUGCGCCACUCUUUCUUUUAUUUAAAAAAAAAAGGGUAUCCUAAGAAUCCAAUUGCAGAUUUUUCUUUAACUUGCUGCAAGCUAUACUUGAGCAACUAGAUGGAGUUGUAGACAGAGGGCUGGGCCUGGAGUCAGGAAGACUCCUCUUCCUAAGUUCAAAUUGGCCUCAGACACUUACUAGCUCUGUG